CCCACUCUUCUUAACACACGCACACACUCCCUCCCUCUCUCUCUCUCUGUGUUCAAUUCAUAACAAAUCCAAACCCUUCUUCUUCUUCUUCUUCUUCUUCACAUAACUCAGAACACUCUGUUCUCAGCUUAGAAAACAGAGCACUCUGUUUCCAAUCCACAUGGCUGCAAUUGUGUGCCACGGCUUGCAGUCAUGCCUCGAGCCUCAGUUCGUCGAAUCAAGAGCUCUAACGCUCAGUUUUCCUUUCUCAACACCUCACAAUCCUCAACAAAUCCCCAUUGAUUUACCCUUCAAAACAAGUUUCUGGGAUUCAAACAGCAAAACCCAGGAAAGGCCCAACAACAAAACUGACACCAGUAACACAGGAUGGAGCUUUCUUCAAGCUCUGUCCAAUGUCUCGUACGUUUCCAAGGAUUCAACCGAGAAAGAAAGCGUCUAUGUUCAUCCUCAGGCCAAGCGAUCUUCCACUGCCAUGAGUCAGAAGAGUCUUGAACUGUGCACUGAGAAGUUAGGCAAUGAAACUGGGAGUGACAUUGUUGAGAAUAAUGGCUACGGCAUGGAUGUGCUCUGUUCAUCGCCGACAAGGGAUCAGCUAGCAAGGCCACGUCAGGGGAAAUCGAGAACCCAGAAUUUUCCUCCUCCUUUGACCACCAUGAGGGGAUCUGAAUCUCUGAGAGUGAGAAGCCACCGAGAAGGUGGGAGACUAGUGGUGGAGGCAAUCAGGGCCCCACCAAGUGCGUCAUGUUUUCAAGCAGAGAGAAGCCAUGGCCGCCUUCGCCUCUGUUUUUUGAAAAAUAACGACAAGUUUGACCCGGAAGAGACAGAUGCAUACGAUGAUAGUGAAGGGGUUGAAGAAGAAUGUGAAAGUGACAGCGAAGAUAACGAAAGAAAAGAAAUGGAAGAAGCAGAAGAAGAGGAACAGGAAGGAGAUGAAGAUGUAGAUGAUGAAGAAGAACAAGCAGAGCAGGAGGAGGAAGGUGAAGAAAUGACAAGGAAAGAGUAUGAGGGGCCAAGAAGGUGCAAAGAAGGAAGCAAACAAGAGAAUAACAAAUUUUUAAAUAACUGGGGAGAGCCUCUCUCGGUGGCUAUUUCUUAAUCCUUUCUUGGUUUUGGAUCUCACUACAGAAUUCCAAUCUGGA